CAACUCCCGUCAAAAUAUGGGUUGUUUUUGGAAUCACCAAAAAUCAAAAUAAAAGUGGUGAUAUUUUAAUUUAUUUCUUAUGUUCUUUUUCAAAUAACGUUUUACAUAAUAGUGCAUGCAAAGUAUUAUGAGAUGUGAUAUGGCACGAGAUUCGCUUCUAAAUAUUACGAAGGGUAUUAGAAGUGGUUUGCUCAAGUUUUAUAUAUGUGCCAGCUUCAUUAGUUCGUAAGGUAGACAAGAUUUUCUUCAAUUUCCACUUUGUUAAUCUAAAAUCCUCAACAAAUGAUUGAUUUUAAUCAAUACUCAGCUUCACAGAGUCCAUCCAGCUCGAGAUUAUUUAGUUUUUAAGCAUCACCCAGAUAAAAUAAUUACUAUAGACUUAAAAUGAGGGGUCCUGGGCCCGUAAGAGUCCUUAUAGGGCUCUUGGUUUGGGGUGGUGUGGCAGUAACACAACCCGGACCAUGUGAUCGAAGCAGGAGAGUUUUGACUGCCCCUAGGGGAGUUUUAAGCACCGGUCCUGUAGGAGCUAACUAUACACAAGACAGUCAUUGUGAGUGGCUAAUUAAAUCGAACAACUCCGAAGACCAUUUUAUUUCGCUUACAUUCCGAAGCAUGGGCACCGAAUGCGCUUAUGAUUAUGUGUUUGUUUACGACGGGUCCUCCUUUGACGCCCCGUUAUUGGGGAGCUUCAGUGGCAGGACUGCCCCACCGAAAGUGACAGCUUCUUCGGGGAGCAUGUUGCUGCUUUUAUACAGUGACACCAAUUAUGUCUUGGACGGGUUUAGGGCCGAAUAUCAAAUAUCUGCCUGUCCGGGCAAUUGUACCGGCCGAGGGUAUUGUCUUAAGGGCAGGUGUGUCUGUAACGGGGCUGAAUGGGGUGGUAUGGAUUGCUCAAGGAGGUUGUGUUCAAACGAUUGUGGUAAACAUGAGAGACCAGUAAGGGGUCACUGCAACAAAGGACGUUGUCUCUGCAGAUCCGGAUAUGCCGGCCGGGCGUGCUCUCUACCGGAUAAUGACCCCAUAGGGAACAGAUGGCACUUUUUAGCUCAGUCAGGAGAAGGGCUAAGGCCCAGGGCUGCCCAUUCAGCUGUAUACGUCGAUAUCACCGAUUCACUCUAUGUUUUCGGCGGAUACGAUUUGAAUAAUGUUUUGGCGGACUUAGAGGUGUACAAUUUCCAAAGCAGUAGUUGGAGAGAUGCUGAAGGUAACGAACUGAUGGACUGGGAGAGCGUGGACCGAGUUGAACCUUCGGAAGCAGCUGAAUUUAUAAGUCAACAAGGUGAUCACAUUUACGAGAAACUGGGCGUGCCGAAAAAAUCCUGGAUAGGGAACAUUUUUAAUGCGGUGGGGGGCAACGCCAGUCGAUUUAUGAGGAGGCAAAGGCACAGCGGUGGAAAUCAGUUGGGGAAAACCCCGUUAUCGCCGCCUCCUAGAUACGGGCAUGCGGCCUGUGCGGUUGCCAACGGUUUUGCCAUGUUCGGUGGAAAGCUGCAGGAUGGAUCCCUAUCCAAUGAUUUAUGGUAUUAUGAUGUACAGAUCCGAAAAUGGUCCCUCAGAGCGCGAUUCUCUCUAGAAAAACCCCCGCCGCUGACCAGACACACCCUGACAUCUGUUAAUUAUACCGUUUACUUGUUCGGAGGCAGCACCGCAGACGGAGAGUUUUCUUCCCAACUGUGGAGCGUCGAUCUUAGUACGGACACCGCGGACGAAUGGAAAGAAGUGCGACCAAGAGGUGGUAAACAGUUGGACAUAAGGGUGGUGGCCCACACGACGGUUUAUCACAAGGCGACCAACUCUUUGGUGGUUUACGGGGGAAUCGUGGCCGGUGUGGCCCGAUUCUCCAAGUUAUCCGAUAAAAUGUUCGCUUUCCAACUGGACCAUAAACACUGGACCGAGAUUCAUUACACGAGGGAACAUUUAAGGGAGAAAUACGUGCCGAGAGAGAGAGCCUUCCAUUCUGCCAACGUGUUUGGGAAUUAUUUGGUUAUAUUCGGGGGGUACUCCCAUAGGCAUAACAAGGAGGAGAUUUGUUACGAUAACCAGAUGUAUUUGUACCACAUGGGCUGCCAUACUUGGGUUAAUCCGGAUAUUUUGGGCAGCAACUCCGAAUCCAGAUACCCGAAACAGCAGGGAGUGUUCGCGCACGCGUCGAGCGUCCGCAACAAUCACACCCUCAUCCUGAUCGGCGGCUACCACGGAAACGUGAACGGGGAUCUGCUGGCGUGGACGGCGCCGCCCGCCUUACGCGGGAUCCCCCCGAAAGCCUGCGCCCUCCAUCAGACGUUUAGCGCGUGCGCGGCCGAUCCGGAGUGCGGCUGGUGUAGCGCGGACGAUCGCUGCUACGGCCGAACGGUCGGCGCGAACUGCACCACCAACCUGCAGACGGCCAGGUGUCCGGGCGUGUGUCCCGCCUUGCAAGAUUGUCAUUCUUGUUUGGUGCAUGGACAUUUACACGGGGGCGAGCAGGAAAGACCGUCGUCUGCCUCUUAUAGGUUAGGUUUGGGCGAGUGCUCGUGGUGCGUCCAAAACGCCCGAUGUCAUCCGAGGGACGACCCACACGGCACCUGCGGGUCGCAGGUGGACAGUCCCAGUCAAACUUUGGGGUGGUGGGGAUCGAAGGGACAAGAAAUCGGGACGCCCCAGGACUGCGCCAACUUAGAUCGACGUCCCGGGCUCACCUACGUGCAAUACAAACAUCCGCCGAACUUCUCGCAGCCGGACAGCGUUGCCACCUUAAACGCCACCACUAUAGAUUAUAAUGGCGGAAUGACGUCGUCGCCCCGCAGUGAUAGUUUGGUGGGUCAAAUGGUGGCCACGUUAACGGGAUUCCUGAGGCUUCCGCCCGAUUGGCAGGAAACCGUGAAAGUGUGCUCGAGCUACUCGAGCGCCACCGUCACGUUGGCGGAAAAGACGAUCGCCAACUUCACUACCGACCAGAAGGUCUGCAAAGACUCCCAGUGGCCCGAGGAUUUAUCGAAUAACGAACGGAUACCGGUCGAUUUUCGUAGCGUUAAGGUCCUGGGACCGUUGUACAACGCCCAUCAGCAAAGCAGGAUGGAAUUGCAGCAUUUUAAACCGGACGAAACGCCAAAAGUGUUUACGUUUGAAUAUCUAGAACCGUACGCGAACGGUUCCUGUGCCCAAUACGCCAACUGUUUGCACUGUUUAACGGAUUCGCAGUGCGGCUGGUGCGAAUUGACGUCCACCUGUCAGGAGAGAAGCGAAAACGAGCAAGAAAACUGUAACGUGGACGGCGAUUGGCGCUAUUUAACGCUGUUGUCCGGCAUGUGUCCGAACUGUAGCAACUACAUCUCGUGCACGUCGUGUAUUGAGACCGAAUUGUGCGAAUGGUGGGUCGAGGAGGCUCGCUGCAUGAGAAUAGGACAAAGACCGGGUUCGGCCACGUCGGUCUACGAGUGUCCCACCCCGUGUUACCAGAGAACCGGGUGCGAUCAAUGUUUGGACCAGAAGGGGCGGUGCGUGUGGUGUCAGGCCACCCAAAAGUGCUUUAGUUUUUCGGUGUACACCAGCGAAUACCAGUUCGGUCUGUGUCGCGAGUGGCUCGACCAAGCGUUCCCCCUAAUAACCGCCCACGAGAACAGUUCGUUAACGAUCAAACCGCAAAAUCAAUGUAAAGCGUGCGCCGCGCACACCAACUGCACCUCGUGUCUCAGCUCACUGAGUUGCGGCUGGUGCCACGAGGCGAACAAUCCGAUGUCCGGGGCGUGUGUCCGAGGCGACUUCCAACGUCCGCACGUCGACUGCGGUAUCGCUUUGACGGGCAAAGAGGCCCGAUGGGCCUACGCCCAGUGUCCGGACGUGGACGAGUGCGGACUCGGUUUGCACGACUGUCAUCCCCAAGCCGAAUGCACCAAUACCGACGGAUCGUUCAGUUGUCAUUGUAAGAAAGGUUAUAUCGGAGACGGACGUUCGUCAUGCGUAAGAACCUGCUACAACGUGUGCGUGCACGGUACCUGCCAAGGCGAACCCGACUACAAAUGUCUCUGCGAGGUCGGUUGGUACGGCGACGAUUGUUCGAAGAAUUGCGGGUGUAACAACCAUUCCGCGUGUCCGGACGGUUUCCAGAUCUGCGAGUCCUGCCAGGACUACACCAUGGGCGAGUUUUGUCAAUAUUGUCGGCCAGGAAGUUACGGCAACGCCACCAAUGAUCUUGGCUGUAGAAAAUGCGAGUGUAACGGUCACGGUAACCUGGAACUGGGCGAAUGCGAUAUAGAAACCGGCGAGUGUUUUUGUCAGGACAAUACGGAGGGGCUGCACUGCGAGAGGUGCAAACCGAACUACUCGGGAGACCCUAGAAACGGGCAUCAGUGCUACUACCAGUGCGAGGCCCGGGGAGUUUUAACGGAUUCGAGAGGUCAGGGAAUCAGCUCGAUCCAGAACUAUUUGCCGCCGAGGGGCGGCCCGCCCAUCCGAGAGUGUUUGUGGAUUAUCAAACCGAACGUGGACUUUGGCACCCCGAUUAUCCAGUUGCAGAUCAACGCCACGCAGUUGAACGUCACUUGUGGCGAGAAUGCCGUUUACGUUUACGAUGGUUUACCCGAAUUGGUGGAUAUGGGCAGUCAGAGCGCUCUUACGGGGGUUUUUUGUACCGAGGAGGCUAUACCGACGGCCGUUGUUGAGUCUCGCACAGGUCACCUGACGGUCCACUACAAACAGGGUCCCCCGAACGAGAGUUUUAGCGCCCUCUACAAGGUUUUAACGUGCGACAGCUGCGAUUCGCCUAGAGAAUGUCGCGACGGACAGUGUUUGUGUCCGGAGGGACGCGUUGGACCCUCCUGCGAGGUGCAAAUCUGUCCGCAGAACUGUAGCGGCGAAGCGGAACGCGGUACCUGCGAUCGUAAUUACGGACGGUGUUUGUGUAACGACAAGUGGACGGGACCCGCAUGUAAUAUUCCGGAAACCAAGCUGCAACUAGUAUUCUUGGAACUAUUCAACACCGAACGUUUAUCAGACAACUUCGAACACUUAAGAAAAACUUUACCACGUUUCGGGCAUUCUUUAGUCGCCGACCGUAGAGGUUCCUUAUGGAUGUUCGGGGGGUAUUCGUUAAGCCACGGCCCCCUAAACGACAUUAGACUAUUUGACACUAAAAAUAUCAGCUGGAUGCAGGUGACAGUGGAGUCUACGCCGGACGCCCGGAUGCCCCAGGGAAGGUACUUCCACGGUGCCGAUAUCGUGCACUCAAAACAGUCGAUUUACGUGUACGGGGGACUGACCAAGGCCCAGAAGAACUUUAAGAAUCGCACCUUAAACGACUUUUGGCAGUUCGACGUGCAAAAUCAACGUUGGGGCGAGGUGGAAAUCGAGAGGGGCGGCAAACGGCCGCCCGCGGUCUACGGACACACGUUGACUUAUUACAGAAAUGCCGAUCGCGAGGAGUUUUUGAUUUUAGUGGGCGGCGAUUCGCCUCAUUCGGGUUUCUUGAAUAACGUGUGGGAGUUUGCGGUCGAGAAGAACGUUUGGCGAGCGAUAAAUACUAAGGGUAAUGGUCCGGCCGGCAUAUUCGGUCAUACCACAGUCUUCCAUCCUCAAACGAACAGUUUGUACGUGUUCGGAGGUUACGUUUAUGACCGUCAAGUUAGUAUUCUGUCCAAUAGUCUUUACCGGCUCGAGUAUGAAACUCAAACCUGGAUAGAGCUUACCGGAAGUAAUACGCGCAACGUGCCAAAACCUCGUUUCUUCCACUCGGCCGUCACCACCGAUCACUACAUGCUCCUGUUGGGCGGCAGGAUUUACCCUUGGAACGCCACUGACACCCUUUACGCCUUCUCUUACAGCUGUAAUCAGUGGAUUAAUUUGAUGUCAGAGCCUGUUGAAAAAAUCGGAAUUUAUCCGAAACAAACGUACGCCCAAGCGAUGACUAUUGAAUCGGACGGAGAUGCCGCGUACGUCAUAGGGGGAUGGGGAAUGGACGCGCAAACGACCGUAUUGAAAAUCGAAUUACCGAUGGACUUGUGCAAUUUGUACGCGACGAAAUCGAACUGUUUGCGUGUACCCGGCUGCGGGUAUUGCGCGAACCAACUGAACGGCACGAUCAUUUCCCAGAUUUGUCAUAGAAAUACUUUGGAUUGCCCCCUGGAUAAUGAAAACGGCUCGCGUCUUUCCAAUCCGGGCCUUAUUUGCGAGGGCCAAACCCAAUACUCGAGAAACUGUUCUUCAGUGUUCGACUGCGCCACCUGCAGCUUGACUCCCGGUUGCGUUUUUUGCAACGGAACCAACUCGUGCGUCACUUCUUCGGAAACCGAGUGUGCCGCCCAAGUUUGUCCUUACAGUAAAUGCGUGGCAACCGAUUGCGCCCAAUGCCACCAAAUGUCCGGCUGCGAAUGGAACCUCUCAAGAAGAAAAUGCGAGUUCUCCCAAAAACUAUCGGGAGAAGAAUCGUCUCCGAUAGACCCCAAGUGUCCGGCCGCCUGUUCCACGUACCAAACCUGCGACGAGUGUCUGACCUCGAAAUCGGGCUGCCAUUGGUCGACGAGACUGCGUGAGUGCGUCAGUUCCGCCUCCCAACCGGCGUAUUGCGCCGGUGGCGUAUGCGGUUUGGUGUUGGGCGAGAGCGACACCGCCCACUGUCCCGAACCGUGUCACGCGUUCACUCAAUGCUCGAGUUGCUUGAGACACGGAUCGUGCGGAUGGUGCGCCGCCCCCGGCGAUAAGGGCGAGGGGGUCUGCACCGAAGGGAACAACCGCAGACCGAUGAAGGGCGAUUGCGCCAAGGUGGCCGAGGAGGAUUUGGAUUUGUUGGAACAAGACGUGAUAGAAACGAUCGACGAGGAAGAGGACGCCAACUCGACGAUAAAAUACACGUGGAACUACGUGCAAUGUCCCAAAGAGAACGAAUGCGAGAACGGACAUCACAAUUGCGCGGUCGGAUCGGAGAUUUGCGUCGACUUGGACGUCGGGUUUACGUGCGAGUGCGGACAGGGUUAUAAGGCCGGCACGGCCGGCUGCGAACCCGUAUGUCCUCAGGGUUGUGUUCGGGGUCGUUGUACGGCACCCUCGAUUUGCACCUGCGAUUUCGGAUACGUCGGAGCGAAUUGUUCCAUUCAGUGUUUGUGCCAUGGACAUUCGGAGUGCGAGGGACCGGACAAACUCGAUCAUUGUAUCGAGUGCCAUAACAAUACUAUGGGUGACAGAUGUGAGUUGUGUAAACCGUUAUUUGUCGGCGAUCCCGCGAACAGGACCUCCUGCGUGCCCUGCAUCGAAUACUGUCACGGACAUUCCGCCUUUUGUGUCGAUCCGGAUCACGUCAAUCAGCCGAACGAUUAUUUCGUCGAGGAAACGCUACUCGCGUCUCUUAAGCACGGACCCACCAAAGAUGCCAAAUGUUUAAGAUGUUAUAACCAUACGGCAGGCGACAGAUGCGAGGCCUGCGUCGAAGGACACUUUAGAGGAGUGGAGGAAUUAACGGAGUCGUGUCGUCCGUGUAACUGUCACGGUCACGGCACCCGUUGCAAUCCGGUGACCGGAGAUCAGUGCGACUGUCAAAAUAAUACCGUGAGCGACGAGUGCGGUCAGGGCAGGAAUUCCGCCCAGGUGCCUUGUUGGCAAGUGCAAUGUUCCAGAUGCAAAGACGGUUUCUUAGGGACACCAAUCCAAGGGAGACAGUGUUACAAGCAAAUGUCCGUAGAGAAUAAGAUGUGCUUCGAUGCACAACCGUUUGACGAUUGUAAACUGAAACCGAAGCCCCUGCAUCCGGGCGAGAUAGUUUUCUUCGUGAUCCAACCGAGAUUCAUGAACGUGGACAUCCGGAUCGUCGUGGACGUCACCCAGGGCAAACUGAACGUGUUCAUGAGCACCCACGACGACACGUACGUCGCCCAUCCGAACGCCAGCACCGGCCUGAACGACAUUCUCCUGGACGAACUAUAUCGACCCUUCGAUAACGGCACCAAAAGAUCCGACGACAUUCAUCUUAAGAACGAGGCGACGGGACUCCGCACUUACAUCACAGUUACCGAACCCAGGGCGAUUUUAACUGUUAAAAACUUACAGGACAGACUAGUUAUAACGUUACCCGAGGAAAACCACAAACUGGAAACCACCCGCUUCUUCUUGAUCCUACAGUCGGCCGACGAUCGACCCGCGUACGGGGUGGUGUUCUCCCGUCAGGAUCAAUUGCACAUCGAUCUCUUCGUCUUUUUCUCGGUGUUUUUCUCGGUUUUCUUUUUGUUUUUGGCGGCCUGCGUGGUCGCGUGGAAGGCGAAACAGGCGGCGGACGCGCGUCACGCGAGGCGUCGCCACGUCGUCGAGAUGUUGCACAUGGCGAAACGACCGUUCGCCUCCGUCACCGUCGAUUUGAAUUCGCAGAUGCCCAGCGGUAAAAAAGGGGCCCACCAUGACGUUAGACCGGUCGCCAUCGAACCCACUGGCGAUGGAAUGGCCGCCGUAGAAACAAUAUUCGUGAGUCUCCCAGGAGGGGCGAAUCUCCCGGUGAAGUUGGCGUUAGCUUCAUCCCUAAUAUCACUAGUGCGACAAUACCCGGCCAGCACUCGAAUAUUUUUAAGGAGGCGAUCUAUACACGCCACCCCACCCACCUAGUAGACCACCCUCAUCAUCCUCAGCCAUAAUCUCCUCUCUAUCGUGUAAAUGUCUGUCUAUAUUGUAUUAUUUAAGUAUUUGUUAUUAUUUAUAAGAUUAUACAUUUGUUUUUUUUUU